UCUCCCGGCUUUCUGCUAAGUAAGCAGCUAGUGCUAGUGUCAGUGACUUUGGUUCGAAUUUCAAAGACAGGAAGGGCAAAAUUUCUAGGCGGAAAGGGAGUGAAAAUGUGGGACGUAAUAUGACACUCCAAGCUGUGUUCUCAAACGGAGCAUUAAGCUGAACACCGCGCCGCUUCAGAAAAGACAUGUCCGGCCAAAGCGUAAGCACCAUUAUGGGUCUCCUCUCAUCGCUCCUCUUUAUCAUCUUAAUUAUUCUUUGCUCACCAAGGCCGAGCUCAGGCUUCAAAAUCUGUGCCUUCAACAUUCAGAGUUUUGGUGAUUCCAAGUCAAGCAAAGAGAAUGUCAUGAACAUUCUCGUCAGGAUCGUGUCUCGCUGUGAUGUUUGCCUGCUCCAGGAGGUGAGAGACACCAAAUCCAAAGUCAUCAACUCCUUGCUACUGGCACUCAACAGGUUUGACAGAAAUUACCAGUAUGACUAUGUGGCCAGUGCUCGACUUGGCAGGACGCCAACAUACCAGGAGCAGUACGUCUUUGUUUACAGGAAGGGGUCGGUGACGGUGAAGGACCAGUACCAGUACCCUGACACCCAGAAAGGAGACGAGGAUGCCUUUGCCCGGGAGCCCUUUGUUAUCAGGUUACGGGCACCGCACACAGUGAUCAGAGAGUUUGUCCUAAUCCCACAACACACCACCCCGACCAACGCCACCAAAGAGAUUGAUGAGCUGUACGACGUCUUCCUAGAUGUUAAGAUGAAGUGGGGGGUUGAGGACAUCAUGUUCCUGGGCGAUUUCAAUGCGGGGUGUGGAUACUUGCCGAAGAAAAACAAAAAGAAAAUCCGACUCAUGACAGAGCCCAGAUUCUACUGGCUGAUCGAUGACAAGGUGGACACCACAGUGAGGGACACCACCACCUGUGCCUACGACCGUAUUGUCGUGCAUGGAGAGAACUUUCUGAAUGCCGUAGUGGACAAGUCAGCACAAGCGUUCAACUUCGCCACGACCUUCUACCUGUCACAAGACCAGGCACUGGAGGUCAGUGACCACUACCCAGUGGAGGUGACGCUGAAGCUUCGAGCAAGCUCAGCGCAGACAGAAGCAUGCUGGAUUCUUCUGGUGACUGCGGCCACAUUUGUUCUUGCAAACCUAGGCUGGAGUUAUUGAAGCACUUUGUCAGAAGAACAGGAAUGUACUGCAAGAGCAGACAGCUCUGAUCAAGUAGUGAUAGCCAAAGGAAGCUUCAUGAACCAUUUGCUGUACCUUCUGACCCCACUAGAUGGUGCUCUUUAUUCCUAAAAAGGGCUCAAUAUAUGGCCCAAUACAAACUACGAGUGCCAUCUAGUGGGACCAAAAAAUACAGAAAAUGGUUCAUGAAGCUUCAUUUGGCCAUUACUACUACCCACAAUUAGAUGGUCAAUUUUAUUUAUAUUUAUACUUUUAAAAAUGGUCAUUGAAGCAAUUCAGGUUAAACAUCCUCUGAUGAACUUUUUGCCACUUUUAAAAAAGAUCCAGUAUUUUUAUUUUCAUACAAUCAAGACUUCACCAGUUUAAAAACACACUUUUGCCAUUGUAGUAUUAUAUUGUAACAUACGUGAGCUACCAAAGAGGCAUUGGAAGUCAUAGCAGAACCAAUUUACACUGAGGAACGCAAUGAAUGUACAAAAGUCGCAAAGCUUCCUGCGAUAGCAGGUGAACGCUUCCACUCAACAGUACCUGCCUUACAGAAAAGGGACUACAUGUUGGCCCCCAUGGCACUACAAAGAUAUUCAGGGAUAUGCGCAUAUACUGAUACUCCUGUUUCAGCACUUUCAGUAUUAUUUGUGGUUGAUUUAUAUGUUUUCACAAUUGAGGAAAAUUAUUUUUGUACCAAACCUGCUUUUUCUUUCAAAGCGCUAAAGGCAGGGUUCCCCAGUUCUGGUCCUAGAGGGUCAGAAUCCAGCAGACUGCGGACGUCCCUGCUCAUUUUAACUAACUAAUUAGUAGGUGAGCAGGGAAAUCAGCAAAUUGGCCCCCAAGACCAGAACUGAGGAACCUUGACCAAAGGGAUAUUAAUGAAUAAAAUGCCUUAUUCCAGA